AUGUUGUUGGCAAACGUAGUCUCCACCUGGUCCGAUUUGCUGAAGAACCCAAUCCUCACAGUUGAACAUUGUAAUGGCAAGAACCGAAUUGCAGCAACAACUGAGACUCUUCGACAAGCAGCACACCAAUUCGCCAAAGUCCUUAAUGACCGUGCCAAGCUGUUAGCCAACAGUGCCCAGUUCGAUGCAGCGUUGCGUGAUGCAGUAGCAAUAGUUGCCAUGUUACCAGAAUCAGGGCUUGGAUACUUAUGUGCGGGAGACGUGUAUUGUCAACAAGGACGUUAUGCAGCAGCGAUUUCCAUAUACGACCAAGGCCUUCAAGUAGUACCUGAAUCAGAUCCAUAUUACAAGUACCUCCAGCAACAUCGAAUGGAAGCCGUAUCCAACAACAGCAAGCGUGUCGAUUUUAUCAGCCGGUUGCCAUUGGAUAUUGUUGUCACCAACAUUCGACGAAGGAUGAAGCCCAUAUACUACGAUUCGAAUGUGCUGUACGAGCCGUUUUAUGUAUCACGUACGUGGCAGGAGCGUCUCUUGAAGAGUCGAAAUGGCCUAUGGUUCGGCUUUGUUCAGGAGAAUAACACACUCAAGGAGGGACAUGCACAACUCAUCCGGUUCGCGCCUUAUGUACGGACCUUGAAUGGCACUAUGACUGAUGCGCGGUUGGAUGAGCUCUUUUCUCGAGGAAACUUUUCCAGGCUUGAUAACUUUCAUUUAGAAUGUGAUCAUUCUACUCCUCGUCGCCCAUUGAUAAACGGCCUCGAAUUAAUCGCUCAUUCACUGGCACAUUUAUCCAUCACCGAGUGUCAUUCCAUCCAGUUACGUGAUAUUCUGGAAUCAUGCCCAAAUCUUGUAUCCCUUAGCACGGAUGAGGUGGAUGUUGUUAUGCCUUCGUCGUCUUCAACACGCUAUCCCAAGAUGAGGCACCUAGCGCUUUAUGAUGCAUCAGAGACACCUCCUACGUAUGAUGAUAUGAUCGAUGUAUUGAGCCGAUUUCCUUCUUUGGUGUCUUUCGAGAUUACGCCCAUGCCCGAUUCGAGUCUUUUGCCUAUCCUACACAACCAUUGUCCUUAUUUACAGAGACUUUAUUAUGGUAUCAAGAGCGUUGGGUUUUUCGCACAUGCAUUCGAAAACCAUCCAAAUCGCAAAGGGAUCACCUCAGCUGUUUUGGGUGGAGAAGAGACCUAUGUUCAAGACCACGUGAUCCAAUUUCUACACCUUCAUCAACAUACGCUGGAAGAGUUCGAAUUUUACGGCCAGAUGGUAAAGAGUUACCAUGCAUUGUGGGAAUUAUCGGAUGAACACGUUCAACAAAGGAAUACACAACGACGAGGUGAACUCUUACACCCUGAUAACGAUCCAUCACUCUCAGCGACUUCAUUUACGCGACUCGUCUAUCUUCGCUUUUCGGAACUCCAUCCAUCUGUGGCGGUACCUUUUAUGAAGUGGAUUAUAUUAAACGCACCCAAUGUCAACACCAUCAAUCUACCAGAAUCCCGUUUUCUGCCAGAUAUUGCCAGCGUCAUCAUCCAGUUGAAGCAUCUUUCCACGUUAGAGAUCAGGAGUGUAUUUGGAGUGGACAACGACAAUGACAACAAUGGCAUCAACCAGUUUUUGGAGUAUCAUAUUGGGAUGGGGAAUCGCUCAUCGCUCGAACAUGUGAUUGUGCAUAUGGAAGAUAUCGAGAUGUCCAAAGCAACGUGGAUCCCUUUAUUCACCCAAUUGCAAAAUCUCAAGAACCUGGAAUUACUCGCUGACAUCAUCACCCACCGCUGCAAAGAGAUGCUGGAAGACCUAGGUCGUGGUUGCCCUGCUUUAGAAAAGUUGACUCUUGGUAUGGAUGGAGCUGAUAUGGUUGAAGGUAUCAUCAAGCCUUUGCGACAAAUUUGGAAUCUCAAGGACAUCAGGAUGGGAGGGGCCACGGUAUUUGACUCGGACCUUGUUGUUUUGGCAUCAUUUCCUCGUUUAGAGCAUCUUUUCCUUCAAUGCAUGGUUCCGGAUCGUAUGCGAGAGAUGUUGCACCGCCAUAUACCAAACGUAGAGAUUGAAUUCAAUGUAUAA